AUGGCUAAAUCGAGUGCCGACGAUGAGGAACUAAAGAGAGCCUGCGAGGCAGCAAUUGAAGGCACAAAACAGAAGAUUGUAUUGUCGAUCCGUGUCGCCAAGAGUCAUGGGAUCUGGGGCAAAUCUGGCAAAUUAGGCCGUCACAUGGCCAAACCUAGGGUUCUCGCUCUCUCCACAAAAUCUAAGGGUCAGAGGACGAAAGCCUUUCUUCGAGUAUUAAAAUAUUCGACUGGAGGAGUCCUUGAGCCGGCAAAGUUAUACAAACUCAAGCAUCUUUCAAAAGUUGAGGUUAUAGCUAACGAUCCCAGUGGAUGCACGUUUACCCUGGGAUUUGAUAACCUCAGAAGCCAGAGUGUUACUCCACCACAAUGGACCAUGCGCAACAUUGAUGAUAGGAACCGCCUUUUAUUUUGCAUCUUAAACAUCUGCAAAGAUGUACUUGAACGUCUUCCAAAAGUUGUUGGCAUAGAUGUCGUGGAGAUGGCACUUUGGGCUAAGGAAAAUACACCCACGGUUCCUAAGCAAAUUAAUCAGCAAGAUGGAGGGCAUGUUGCAGCAACAGUUACAGAAAGUGACUUGAAAGUGACUGUUGAAAGAGAACUUGUCUCCCAAGCUGAGGAAGAGGACAUGGAGGCUCUACUUGGCACUUAUGUAAUGGGUAUUGGUGAAGCAGAGGCGUUUUCAGAAAGGUUGAAGCGCGAGCUUCUUGCUCUGGAAGCUGCAAAUGUGCAUGCCAUUUUAGAAAGUGAACCUUUAAUAGAAGAGGUGCUGCAAGGGCUUGAGGCUGCAACAAAUUGUGUUGAUGACAUGGAUGAAUGGUUAGGCAUCUUCAACGUAAAACUUAGACAUAUGAGAGAAGACAUUGAAUCGAUAGAAACCCGCAACAACAAGUUGGAGAUGCAGUCUGUAAAUAACGUAUCACUCAUUCAAGAACUCGAUAAGCUUCUUGAACGACUGCGUGUCCCUUCUGAAUAUGCAGCUUGUCUAACCGGAGGUUCGUUUGAUGAGGCACGCAUGCUUCAAAACAUUGAAGCAUGUGAGUGGUUGACUGGUGCUUUACGUGGUCUUCAAGUGCCUAGUUUGGAUCCAAUCUAUGCAAACAUGCGUGCUGUUAAAGAAAAGCGGACAGAACUCGAAAAAUUAAAAGCUAUGUUUGUCAGGAGAGCUUCUGAAUUCUUGAGAAACUAUUUUGCAAGUUUGGUGGAUUUCAUGAUAAGCGACAAGAGUUAUUUUUCUCAACGCGGACAGUUGAAGAGGCCUGAUCACGCUGACUUAAGGUACAAAUGCAGGACAUAUGCUCGCCUUUUACAGCAUUUGAAGGGUCUUGAUAAGAAUUGCUUGGGUCCUUUGAGGAAAGCAUAUUGCAGCUCCCUUAACUUGCUUCUUCGCCGGGAGGCUCGUGAAUUUGCUAAUGAGCUUCGUGCUAGUACAAAAGCAUCAAGAAAUCCAACUGUUUGGCUGGAAGCUUCUACAGGCUCAAGUCAAAAUGCACAUAAUGCAGAUACAUCUUCAGUUUCUGAGGCUUAUGCCAAAAUGCUGACAAUAUUUAUCCCACUCCUUGUAGAUGAGAGUUCUUUUUUUGCACACUUCAUGUGCUUCGAGGUUCCUGCACUUGUUCCCCCAGGAGGUGCGGCUAAUGGUAAUAAAGGUGGAAAUUACAAUGAUGCCAAUGAUGACGACGAAGAUGAUUUGGGUAUUAUGGACAUUGAUGAGAAUGAUGGCAAAGCUGGUAAAAAUUCUGCAGAUCUGGCAGCACUAAACGAAUCUCUUCAGGACUUGCUUGAUGGAAUCCAAGAAGAUUUUUAUGCUGUGGUUGAUUGGGCAUACAAGAUAGAUCCUCUGCGCUGCAUAUCAAUGCAUGGGAUUACAGAGCGUUAUCUCUCUGGUCAGAAAGCUGAUGCUGCAGGAUUUGUGCGUCUCUUGCUUGGUGACCUAGAGUCAAGAAUUUCUAUGCAAUUCAGCCGUUUUGUUGAUGAAGCUUGCCACCAAAUUGAAAGAAAUGAGCGUAAUGUGCGGCAGACGGGAGUUUUAUCCUACAUCCCAAGAUUUGCAACUCUUGCAACUCGUAUGGAGCAGUAUAUCCAGGGACAAUCUAGGGAUUUGGUUGAUCAGGCAUACACAAAAUUUGUUAGUAUAAUGUUUGUGACUUUGGAGAAAAUUGCACAAACAGAUCCAAAAUAUGCGGAUGUCUUCCUUUUGGAAAACUAUGCAGCAUUUCAAAAUAGCUUGUAUGACCUAGCCAAUGUUGUGCCAACGUUAGCCAAAUUUUAUCACCAGGCAAGCGAAGCUUAUGAACAAGCUUGUACACGUCAUAUCAGCAUGAUUAUCUUCUAUCAAUUUGAAAAACUUUUCCAGUUUGCUCGCAAGAUUGAGGAUUUGAUGUACACCAUAACGCCAGAGGAGAUCCCAUUCCAGCUCGGAUUGUCGAAAAUGGAUCUCCGGAAGAUGUUAAAAUCUAGUUUAUCUGGGGUUGACAAGUCUAUUAGUGCGAUGUAUAAGAGAUUACAGAAGAACUUAACUUCAGAAGAACUGUUACCUUCUUUGUGGGAUAAGUGCAAGAAGGAGUUCUUGGACAAGUAUGAAAGUUUUGCACAACUCGUUGCAAAGAUCUAUCCCAACGAGAGCAUCCCUUCAGUGUCAGAAAUGAGAGAGCUUCUGGCUUCCAUGUGA